GGCAGCAGGAAGAGAGAGCACAUGUCAAACAUCAAAAGUAAAAGAAAACCAUCCAUCUGCUAAGAAUGAGUGACACUCCAGUCGAGCUUGAGCUAUCAGUCCAGCCUUCGUCACAGACAGAAUCUGGGAGGGGUCUCCAGCCUCCACCUCUGUUUCAGCGGCCACUCACCACCAGAGACCCCUCCGCCCCCCGUCAGCCUCCGCUGCUCCAGCUUGAUGUGCAGCUGCCAGAGUCUCUCCCAGAGCAGCAGCACCGAGCGAGGCCGCGGUGGAUCAACCAUCGAAGGCUGCUUCUCCUCCUUUCGGGGUUCUCCUUAUGUAGUGCCAUUCUGGGACUUGUUUACUAUAUGCAUUAUAAUCAUCAACAUAGCAGUAUCCAGGCAGCGACUCCAUGUCUCUCCCCAGCCUGCCAGUGGGCCUCAACCCGUCUGUCCAUGUCUGCUGAUCCCUUCACGCAGCCCUGCGAUUACUUCUUGUCCACGUGUCGGUCAGAUAUACUUUCACCAGACAAUGUGGGGGGGCAAAUGGAGGAGGACAUCCCUGGACAUCCACAGGAACAGAAGUCUGUGUGGACGGAGAGGAGAGGUCGGAGUAAAGAGAGAGAAGAUAGAAGACUGAGAAAGGAGAAAAUACCAGACAGACAAACGGUGCUGCUGCAGUACCUCAGGGAGAUUUUGGAAUCAAAGGACAGACCGGACAGUGCAGCCGUGCAGAAGACCAAAGAGUUUUACCGUUCCUGUUUGGACACCCGAUCCAUAGACACCGCUGGAGCUGAGCCCUUCCUCUCACUCAUCCACAAACUCGGGGGCUGGGCGGUAUCGGGCCAGUGGAAUCGGACCGACUUUAACUCCACCCUGAGCCUGCUCAUGAGAGACUACGCCACCUUUCCAUUCUUCAACCUCUACGUGGGCAAAGACCCAAAUGAAAUUGCCCGCGGGACAACCAAAAGAUAUAUCCAGAUUGAUCAGCCAGAUCUGUUGAUCCCCAUCGAAUGGAACAGCAAGACACUGAAGUCUGAGGCUAAAACUCAGACGCUACUUCCCUUCUUGGCAUCCUGUGAGAGCUAUCUGGCGUUGCUGGGGGCCCCGCCCGGCAUCAUCAGGACGCACGUGGGCCGGUUCACCUCUCUGUCCUCUGAGCUCGCUGCGGCUGCUGCACCGUUGCACUUUCGCCAGUCCAAAGGACCGCUCUAUCAGCGCAUGACCAUCAGAGAGCUGCAGAUCCAGGCCCCUACCAUUGAUUGGCUGGGCUGCCUGCAGGCCGCUUUCCAUCCACUGCCACUCGUCGAAGACGAUCACGUCCUUCUGCACAACUCACCCUACAUCGUGCAAAUGUCCCUCAUCAUUGGCAAAUGGCUGAACGAGCAUGAGCUGAGCACCAGUGGUCCCGUUCGUACGUACAUGGUCCUUUAUCUGCUGCACACCCUGAUGCCUGCUCUAGGCUCCAGGUUUUCUGAAACAGCAACGAAUUUGUCUGUGGCUCUGGGAGACGCUGAAGGGGUAGAUGAUCGCUGGAAACACUGUGUACUAGAGACAGAGAGAGGAUUUGACUUGGUUCUUACCCACCUUCUCAGGAAGAGGACAGCGCACAGAGAGGCAGAGGAGAUUAUUCAAAAUAUAUGCUCCUCCUUUAAAUCCAAAUUACAUGAACUCAAGUGGACAGAUCAGAGGACUCUCCAGUUUGUCAUGAAAAAGGUUCAGUCUUUAAUUCCAAGACUUUGGACCACGAAGGAGAUCUCUAGUGAGGCUGAGCUCAACUUGCUGUUUUCCAAGGUGACAGUCGGCACAAACAGCUUCUUCUCCAACUAUGUCCAGUUACUUUCCAUGAGGCGGAAGAGACGCAUUCAACUCUUGACUGAGAAGGCUGAGGCGGCCGAUAUUCUGUCUGUCACGCCACUUCUCCUGGGGGAUGAGCUCCUCUUUCCCAUGGGAAUGUUCAUCCCUCCUCUCUUCCAUCCUACCUAUCCUCGGGCAAUGAAUUAUGGUGUGAUGGGUUUCCUUAUCGCCAAAGAUAUCCUCCACCUGAUUUUGCCUGAUGUUCACUCUCAGAGUGAGAUGGUGCAGGCUGUGGGGGAAUGUGUGUGGGCUCACUACCUCACUGUGACAGACAAAGCGGGCCGAGGCGGAGCGCUGUCUCUCGCAGCAGCGCAGCAGCAGGAGGUGUGGGUGCAGUAUUCUGCCUUGCAGAUAGCAUUGCAGGCUUACCACCAGAGUCUAAAGAACCAUCCGAGUGACACCUCCAUCUCAGGACUAUCACACACUCGUCUGUUUCUCACAUCUUUUUCACAGGUUCACUGCGUCUCAGACCCAUACAGAGAAGCGAUGCCCAUGGAGCCCUCGUUCUUAAUUACAGCGAUUUGUGCCGAGUCUGACCUCUGUCCCACGAGCCUGCAGUGCCCCAAUACAAGCCAGCUGCAUUCAUCACAUACAUGCUGAAGCACCACUCCUCUGGAGAACAGCAGGGCUCCUUUGUGUAUUUAUUGAUUAUUACCUUCGCAUUGAAAAUGCGGAAGGUUAUGUUUUGAUCGCCGUGUAUUUAUUUAUUUGUAUGCGUGUUCCUCGAAUAACAAAAAAAGUUUUAAACCAAAUCGCAUGAAAUUUGGUGGGAUGAUUGGGUAUUAUCCGGGGACCAUAUGAUUAGAUUUUGUGAUCGAUCGGGUCAAAGGUCAAGGUCAUGAAAAGGUCAAAAUCUUCUUUGAAUCGCAUGAAAUUUGGUGGGAUGAUUGGUUAUUAUCCGGGGACCAUUUGAUUAUAUUUUGUGAUCGAUCGGGUCAAAGGUCAAGGUCAUGUACAGAACAAAAUCUUAUUUUUACCAUAGCGUGGUCAAUUUAUAUCCAAUUGGCAUGCAACUAAUGCCAAAAUGUUCAUAAUUCAAUGCCCAAUCUUGUGAUAUGCGAAGGUAUGCGCUCUACCAAGUGCCCGUUCUAGUUAUUGUUAUGGAUUUGUCUGUUUUAUAAUAAUAAUAUAAUAAUGAUAAUUAUCAAAAGCACACUGAUGUUUACAAAUAUUGUUACGAAUAUUUUAUUUAUAUCCAAUUGGCAUGCAACUAAUUUGCCAAAAUGUUCAUAAUUCAAUGCCCAAUCUUGUGCUAUGCGAAUGUAUGCGCUCUACCAAGUGCCCAUUCUAGUUAUUGUUAUGGAUUUGUCUGUUUAUAUAAUAAUAAUAUAAUAAUGAUAAUUAUCAAAAGCACACUGAUGUUUACAAAUAUUGUUACGAAUAUAGUUUAUUAUUACAUGUUUAUUGUGUACAGGUAAAUAAUCACCUGACAUGUUUUGUAUAAGUAGUUAGGAUAUGUUUGGAUUUACAUAGAUUGCACACGCUGUUGCAUAUUCAUGUUAAUAAAAUAAACAUUUGAAAAACUG